AAACAGACAUUUUUCUAGCUGACAUUUUACCAGUUGACGGGAAACGGCCCACUGUCUGACCGUAGUGGCUGUAGAGCAAACUUACCUCGAUUUAUUCUAAAGACGAGCGCUUAUUUCACUGAUCGAAUAUCGAUCUUGCUCCCCCCCUUCAAAUCAGGAGUCAAGAUGUUUUACACAUGUGGACCCAAUGAAGCCAUGGUGGUGUCCGGCUUUGGCCGUUCGCCUCCUCUAAUGAUUGCUGGAGGGCGAGUGUUUGUCUUCCCCUGUAUCCAGCAGAUCCAGAGAAUCACACUCAACACCCUGACUCUAAAUGUGAAGAGUGACAAAGUCUACACCCGUCAUGGUGUUCCUAUCUCCGUCACUGGCAUUGCCCAGGUGAAAAUCCAGGGCCAGAAUAAGGAGAUGUUGGCCACCGCCUGCCAAAUGUUUAUGGGUAAGUCUGAGCCUGAGAUUGCCCAGAUUGCACUGGAGACACUGGAGGGACACCAGAGAGCCAUCAUUGCCCAUUUGACUGUGGAGGAGAUCUACCAGGACCGUAAGAAGUUCUCCGAGCAGGUCUUCAAAGUGGCCUCCUCUGAUCUGGUCAACAUGGGGAUUGGUGUGGUCAGCUACACGCUCAAAGAUGUUCAUGAUGAUCAGGACUACCUUCACUCCCUGGGCAAAGCCAGAACAGCCCAGGUGCAGAAGGAUGCCAGAAUCGGAGAGGCCCAGUACAAAAGAGAUGCUGUCAUGAGGGAGGCCCAUGCAAUGCAGGAGAAGGUUUCAGCUCAGUACAAGAAUGAGAUUGAGAUGGCAAAAGCCCAGAGAGACUACGAGCUGAAAAAGGCAGCCUAUGAUGUUGAGGUCAACACGAAGAAGGCUGAGUCAGAAAUGGCCUAUCAGCUUCAGGUGGCCAAGACCAAGCAGCGCAUUGAGGAGGAGAAGAUGCAGAUCCAGGUGGUGGAGCGGACACAGCAGAUUACACUGCAGGAGCAGGAGAUCACCCGCAAGGAGAAGGAGCUGGAGGCCAAAAUUAAGAAGCCUGCAGAAGCAGAGAAAUACCGACUGGAGAGACUGGCUGAGGCACAGCGCCUGCAGCUUAUCAUGGAGGCCGAGGCUGAGGCCGAGUCCAUCAGAAUGAAGGGCGAGGCAGAGGCUUUUGCCACAGAGGCUAAGGGUCGUGCCGAGGCGGAGCAGAUGGCCAAGAAAGCCGAGGCCUUCAAGGAGUACAAAGAUGGAGCCAUGGUGGACAUGCUGCUGGAGAAACUGCCUCUGAUGGCAGAGGAGAUCAGCAAGCCGCUGUCGGCAGCCAACAAGGUCACUAUGGUGUCUAGUGGCGGCUCAGAGGUGGGAGCAUCCAAGCUUGCUGGAGAGGUGCUCGAUAUCAUGACCAGGCUGCCUUCCGCUGUGGAGAAACUCACUGGAAUCGACAUCUCCCAGGCUGCAGGAAAGACCACCCUUGUGCAUUAAGAAGAAAGGAUGAGUAGAAGUAAUCAGGACAGGCCUCACCAGUAUCCAGACUAGGAGCUUCACAUCACCCUCCUUGUGCCUAUAACCACUGUAGUGAUCCUUCAACACCGUUGUCUGAUUGUCUCUGUGCAUGCACGUGUUUCACUUGUGUCUUUUUCCUUAUGUCCUCAUGUCUCUGGUCUGAGCUGUUGUGCUUUCUGCGGUGGGAGACAGAAAAAGCAGCUGCUUUUUUUGAUGAAGUUAUUGAUGAAGCUACUUUUGUUAGGAGGAGACAAAAGCCUCAGCCCACUUUUAACCAGUGAUGCUAGGAACUCGUGUCUUUGUUUUCUUAUACUUCACCUUCUCUAUGAAUGUUUCUAUUGUGCCGCCAUCAGUCUAAUUUUCCCUGCGUAGGGACUGGGUCCAUAAACUCUGUUACUUUUCCUCUUUUUAAUGUAGAAAAUGUUUAUGGCUCAAAGUUUUUUGUGCCUUCAGAUUCAUUAAAUAGGGCAGAGCGUCUUUAUAUCAGCAUCACUGCAUAACUUCGUGUGUGGGCGUCAUGUCAUUGUACUACUAUACUACUUACUUACCUAAUCUAUGUAUUCUCUCCUAUUUGUGCACUCGUCCAAUAUAAAGAAACAGAGCUGAGGUGCUGCUUGUUCACUCCGAGUGUCUGUGUGGAAACAAUGUUACUGGACCCAAAAUCAUAUCAGGUGUACUGCAAGUGGAAGGAUUGUCUUUGUGCUUCAGAGUGAAGGGGAAGAAAGUAGUUGUUGGAAACAAGCUUAAGGGUUUUCCUGUGAAAAGCAACGAAAGUACGUUAUAGUUGAGUUUUGACUUGCAGCUUCAGUGUCUUCUAGAGUCGUGGCCUUUAUAUGGCGAGCAUAAAGAAGGACCAUCACUAACUAGCCUACUGCUUUGAUGUAGUUUAAGCUGACAUAUGGGAGAUACUAUGACUUUUGUGGGCGUUUUACUUGCUGUACUGAUUUUCCAUGACAAUGUGAUGCUGAGUAUUAUAGAUUCUGACAGAUUUUAGCUCUCGCAGUUAUGGAAGGUUUUGGAUGACAAUUCACUACCUCUGUUUUGGAGCUGGUUUAUUUUUUUUCAGACUCUUCACCAAGCUGCCAAGCCUUCUGAAUUUUGUUAUCGCCAAGUGCCUGGUCAAAACUCCUCAACAGUGAAGUCAUGUUGACUUCUCCCGGUUAAGCCUAUAACAUUUUUCUUUCAGGUAAUCCUGCCUCAUAUGCAACUGAUCCAAGCCAUUGUCCGUCACUAAGAAUGGCGGUAGAUGAAAGCCAAAUCUGUCUCUUUCAUAUAUUCUCCUGACUAAUCUUUCACUUCCAUUAAAAUGCGCAUGUGGGUGCAUGCCUAUCCACUAAAUCGACAGCAGUUUUUACAUAGUGUGAAAGUUGUAUACUAGUGUCAGAUAUUCUAGGAUUUAUCUGUAGUGAAAUGUUCUGUAGACAAUAAAAUAUGCUAUAAUCACUGA